CGUAUGAUAGGAACGUAUGAGCCGCGUAUAAAGAUCAUUUCAUUCAUUUUUAUACGCACGAAAAAGUCCGUAAAAAUAGGACAUUUUGCAUAAAAUUAACUUAUUAAACGUAUGAGUAUCGUAUGAGUAGCCUGUCGCUGGCGUAUGCCAGCGUAUGAAUAGCUUACGAGAAGCGUUUGGAAUGCGCAUGUCAAGUAUACCACUGGCGUUUCACAGACUUUAAUCGUAUGUAAGCGGCAGUAUUUUCACACGGCUCCAUUCGAGAAAAUGUCAAACCUACAGUGAAAAAAGAAGAAGACACCAUGGCAAAUAAGAAGACAUCAUCUACCCGCGGACGAAGAAAAGGAAAGAGGACUCCAUCAUCAGCCGUUGCCAAAGCUGACGAACAACGUGUUUGUGCACCUGCAGAUGUAGUUGAACCACCUGAUGAUGAUGCACUUAUUCCUGAGACAUCUUUAAAUAAUGCGCCACAUGUUCCUGAGCUCUCAAAGUCCCCAACACAACCUUCCCAAGACUCCCAUAAUUCAUCGGCUUUAUCAUCUGAAACCAUUGAUGACUUCACCUCCUUCCGGCGGGCUGAUAGCAAGAAGAAAAUUAGAGGAAGAGGGCGAAAAAAAACCCCUACAACCUCAGCGCCACAGAAGAGGAGCUGAUGCUGGAGUUUAUCAUGGACAAUCCUGUGCUGUGGAAUGUGAAGAUGACAGAUUAUAGGCGAAAAGACAAGAAAGAGAAGAUCUGGGAAGAGCAAGCACAUCAGAUGAAUAAGACUGUUGACAUCCUCAAGGGCUGGUUCAGAUCGUUGCGCGACACCAAUAUACGCCUUGACAAGAAGAAAAGCGGGGAUAGUGCUCCAAACCUGACUAAGAGAGAACAGUGGAUCCUCUCAAAGUUUGCCUUCCUGAAGACUGUCACUCGCCACCGACCGGAGCCCAUGCAGAGUGUGAAGGAAACCAUCCAGCUUCACAGAGGGGAUCUCAAUGCUGCCGAGAGCGCCUGCGCUGAUAUGCAGGAUGUCUUAGAUGAAGUCACUCCAAUACCAUCAUCUACCGCUGGAAGGUCCCACAAGCGACCUCAGGACACAGAGAGUGACGUCCUUGAGACUCUACAUAAGAGAGUUGCUGAGUCUGGCACCAUCCUCAAAGACAUCUACAAAGCCAAACAACAGCCCAUUACAGCACGAAGUGUCUUUGCAAAUUAUGUUAAAGAGAGCCUUUUGACUAUGUCCAAGUCCAAGUACAAGAAGGCAAGGUCCUCCAUCAAUAGGUUAUUGUCUGAACUCAUGGAUGAGGACAGCGAUGAUGAAUUUCCAAGUGCAAUGGCGGCUCCAUCUAUCAAAGUAAACCAACAAGAGAUCCCUUCUCAACCACCCCACGAUUUGCACCCUACUACAAGUAUUCCCUUCUGUUCAUUUAGAGCAUCAGCACCAUCCUUCUCUGAGCAUUAUCAGAAACCUAGCAACAUGCCUAUAAACAUGCCCCUGGCAUCGUUGGUGAGAGGCUCUCAGCCCAUGGAGUACAUGCAGCAGUUUCACCAGCGGUUAUUUCAGUAUCCACAUCAUCACAAGACUACCACUAAACAACAGCAGAUGAUUCCUCCUUCCCAACAACUUGCUCAGCAACCGUUUCAGCAAACUCAGCAACAAUGCACUCCUACCUCUGGCCCGGUUCGUGCCUCUUUGGCUUCUGCAACAGAGUUAAUAACGGAAACGUCUAGCCCAACGCCGCACAGUCCAAGCUCAGCCUUUGAGCAAAGUCACCCGAACAUUACUAGUCUUUCAGGAUUUCGAGACAUCAUGGAAUCUACUGAUGAUAUUGGAUUUCAGGAUGAGGUUCUCAACCUUCAACCACCAACGUGAAAGAAGUAUUGACUAUAGACCACGGUGGCUGUAUGGCUUCAUCAUUGUCUCUCGGAGGGCAAAGGCAUCAUCACCUACAAAGAAGUAGGGGACACUCUGAUAGUCAUUUGGUAAAGCAUCGGGGAUGGGGAAUCCUAUAGUUCCGUCUUCUGUUAAUUCUUUGAUUUCAGAGUUGUUGAAGAUCUGUGCGUCCGAUGAUGACCCUUUACUACGGAGGUCUGCCCAGAUGAAUUUAUAAUCUGCGUCUACAAGGCCCAUGAGUACAACAGAGUAGAAUCCCUUGUAGUUGAAAUAUUGGGAUCCACUUUUUGGUGGACACUUGCAGGUAAUGUGCUUUCCAUCUAUAGCACCACAUGUAUGGGGGAAGUUCCACCUCUUGAGGAACUUAUCAGAUAUGGCACGCCAUCCCUCUGGCGUGGUAGGGCAGGUCAUUACUUCGGACAUGUAUUCGUCGAUGAUGGCUUGGCAAACCUCUCUGACAAUAAGUGACUGGGUGUUGUGGGGGACCCUCCAUCCGUACUUCAUGGCUGAAUACGUGCUCCCAGAGGCAAGUUGUCGCAAAGUCAAAGAGAGCUUCAGCCCAGGCUCCAGGGGUCGCCUAUACCAGGUAUGUUUCUUGGUUAUCCUGGGACUCACUCUUGCCAGAAGUUCAUCAAACAUCUCGGGGACCAUCCCCAUAAAGUUCUUAAAACAUCGCGUAUCCUCGCUUCGAAGUUCCACCAGAAGUUGGUCGUAAAUGAACUGCCUUCGCCUUCCGAUCCAUGAUCUCUUCCAUACCUCACGUCUUUUUCUUUUUCCUUUUCUCCUUUUCCUUCUGUUAUUUUCUAUGUGACGAAUCGUCAAAGCUAUGAGAUCAAACUGGUAUUCAAGAACAGCUAACUCCAUCCUUUAUCCUCGAAGGUACAAGAUGAUAU